CAACCCAGGAAUCGAACCCUCCAUCUUCUGAGGCUCCUGUAUUACAGGCAGAUGCUUUAUUGCUGAGCCACUGGAAAAGCUGAGUAGAUGACAAUAACUAUUACUUAAAUUAAUAGACGAUCUGCUGAAUAUAGAAUUGGGAGGAGGAGGAGGGAUCUAGAGAAAGGAAACAAGGAGAAGGGAUUUAAAGGUAAUUUCAUACAUGAAGAAAUGUAAAUGAUUGAUCAAGUCUUUUGAGAUCAAUACUUCUUGUUGUUCAGUCCCUGAGUCGUAUCUGACUCUUUGUGACUGGACUGCAAUAUGCCAGGCUGUCAAUCUUUUACUUGUAUUGCUCUAUCAAACCAUGGGUUUAAAAUAAUUAUUUAGUUUUCUGCUGUCAUCCUGAGUGGUAGCUGCUGAAAUGAGCAAGUUCACGAAACCCGGGAACGCGAUGCUGGCCCUGGCCAGUCACUACGAAGGACACAAAGUGGUCACCGUGAAGAACAUUGGUGACGGCAGCUCAGACACACCCCACAGACAUGCUCUGCUGGCUGGAACUAAUCGCUCUCCCUGCAAAGUGACAGCUGCCUCGGCCAAGAAGAAAAUCGCCAAGAGGUCAAAGAUCAAGUCUUUCGUGAAAGUUUAUCAUUAUAAUCACCUCAGGCCCACAACGUACUCUGUGGGUAUCCCCUUGGACGAAACUGUUGGCAACAAGGAUAUCUUCAGAGACCCUGCUAUCAAAUGCAAAGCCUGAUGAGAGGCCAAGGUCAAGUUCAAGGCUAGAUCCAAGACCAGCAAGAACAAAUCGUUUUCCCAGAAGCUUCAGUUUUGUCUGGCUUCUUCAGUCAUUAAAUCCCACCCCACCCCAGGCCAAAAAAAAGGUAUUAUUUGUAUCACAGUGUUAUAUAAAGCUUUAGAAACCUCCCUUUCAAAAAUUAGAUUUUAUUUCAGUUUAGGUUAAAGUAAUACCCCAUAAUAAAAUUCAUUGUUUGUCCAUUUCAUUUGGGCUUUAAGAGACUACAUGGGCCAUACAGCCUUGCUCACUUAAUAGAAUUAUCUAGUUUUUAAACUCAUGUAUUCUAGAAGAACCAUUUGUUCUUGCUGGUCUUACACUGCCCUAAAAGUCCUCUGUGCUCUGCCAGUUUAUCCCUCUUUCCCCUUUAACCCCUGGCAACCUCUGAUCUUUAUACUUUCUCUACUGUUUUGCCUUUUCUAGAAUGUCAUAUUGUUGCAAUCAUACAGUAUGUAGUCAGUUUGACUUCUUUUACUUAGUAAUAUGUAUUUAAGUUUCCUCUAUACUUUUUCAUAGUGCAUUAAUAGCACAUUUCUUUUUAGCACUGAAUAAUGUUCCAUUGUCUGGAUAUACCGCAAUUUAUCCAUUCGCCCACAGAAAGACAUCUUGGUUGCAUCCAAGUUUGAGUAAUUAUGAAAACUGCUGCAAUAACCAUUCAUGUACAGGUUUCUGAGUAGACAUAAAUUUUCAUCUCGUUUGGGGAAAUACCAAGGAGCAUGAUUGCUAGAUUGUAUGGUAAGUAUAUGUUUAGUUAUGUUGAAAGCCUCCAGUUGUGUUCCAAAGUGGCUCUACCAUUUUGGAUUCCCAUAAGCAAUGAAUUCCUGCUGCUCUACAUCCUCACAAGCAUUUGGUGUUGUCAGGGUUCUGGAUUUUGACCAUUCUAAUAGGUAUGUAGUAACAUUACAUUGUUGUUUUAGUUUAUAUUUCUCUAAUGAAAUAUCAUGUGGAACAUCAUUUCAUAUGCUUAUUUACCAUUUGUGCAUCUUUGGUGAGGUAUCUGUUAAGGUCUUUGGCCCAUUUUUAAAUGAGACUGUUCAUUUUUAUAUUGCUGAGUUUUAAGAGGUCAUUGUAUAUUUUGGAUAACAGCCCCUUUUCAAGGGAAAUAGUCUUUGCAAGUAUUUUGCAAAUACUUUCUCUUAGCCUGUAGCUUCUCAUUCUCUUGACAUUAUCUUUCUCAGAGCAGAAGCUUAUCAGUUAUUUCUUUCAUGGAUCAUGCCUUUGGUAUUGUAUUUAAAAAGUCAUUGCCAAAUUUAUCUAGGUUUUCUCCCAUGUUAUCUUCCAGGAGCUUCAUAGUUUUACAUUUUAUGUUUAAGUUUGUGGCCCACUUUGAGUUCAUUUUUGUGACGGGUGUAAGGUUCGUGUGGCCUCUGUCUCCAGGCCAUUCUCUGGUUUGUGAUGAGAAACUGAAGAAUGAGGCAGUGUCUCCCUCUCAGACUAACAGCAGAUUGAACAGAUUUGGUUACUGCUUGCUCUGAAAGUGGGGGAUUCCCUGAGCGUGGUGGUGCCUUCUUUGAAAGGCAGCUCACUUGAUAUUAAGAGUCUCUGGGCUCUCCGCAUUGCCCUUGUGGGUCCUGAGGUCAAGGAGAACCAACAUAAAUAAGCGGGUGAUCACAUUGCGUAAUUUGCUGUGAGUAACAAAGUCCUCUGUCUCUUAUGCAAGAAUCGUGAGUCUCCUGCCAGCAACCAUGAAACAGGAACAGAUUAAUUCAUUUGAAUGUUGGGUAAAAUUGGGUUAUAAACUGACAGUGGUAUGGUGAGAAUUAGAGAGAUUUGAAAAGGAUUUAUUCAAGGGUUUCCCAAAGAAGGUUGUUAGAAAGGGAACAAAAGCAAGAUGUAGUAUUACAGUAAACAGGAUAUGGAGAAGCUUGUUGAGGGAGUGUUUUAUGUCAUAGGUGGAAAAGGAACAGGAUAGUAUUCUAAUAGUUUUGUUAAUCUUGCCUUUAAAUGGGUUACAAUAUAACAGCAAAUCUCCAUAAUCUGUGCAUGUGGUCCAUGUAAUCAGAUGCCAUGCUUUAUUGCCAAGAUAAAUUUAGCUUUCAAGUUAGAAUACACAUUCCACAGUCACAUGAAUUGCAGUUUUUCAGAAAGAUGAGCCAUAGAACAAUUUUAUUUUAAACUGACGUCAUUAGAUUCUAGAAUCUGCUAUCAUCAUAUUCUGUGUUAUUGCCAUGUUAAUUCUAUAUGCAGCUUAAGCAUUCAGCAUCUAACCUCUUCCACCUACACAGGACAUUUUUAUGGCUAAGGAUGAUGGCUUAGAAAGGAAGGGAAAGCUUUGCUUUGUAUUAAAUUCAAUAUGGGAAAAUGCUUAAGGUAAGCCUUUAAAAAGAAAACAAAACACAUCUUCAUAUGUUUCAUGUGCUAAAGAACAUUGAAAUAUUCAUAAACCAAGCUUUAAUGCUUCCUUUAGUUUCCCACAGUGACUGAAUAUCUGGAUAUUUAUCUGAAAUAUUCUCUCCAGAGAGGUUCUGCUUUAUCUAUGAUUAAUAUUUUAAAAUAGCAUUAGCCAGUGGGGUAUAAGUUUAUUGUGCUUAUCAACUCCUUCAAAUCUGUUAGUUCAGUAGUCUCAAACAGAUAUUAUGACUUAAUUAUUUUCAGAACAGGAAGUUCUCCGUUUGCCUACAGGGAACCCUUUUGCUGUGGUGCCCUCUAUUAUGUUUUUCCCUGACCUUUCUUUCUGCCUACCACCCUGAGUCUUUCCAUUUAUCUUCCCAAGGUUUAGUAGAGUGGGCAGGUACCGUGUAAGUAGUUAGAAAUAAUCUUUUAGACUUAGGCAUUCUUUGGGGGUACAUCUGGGUAACCAUCAACUUCACCUGUCUUAAUUUCUUAUUCCCUGUUUCCAUAUUGAUAAGGUAGCUAUUAUUCUUCAGGACGCUUGGCAGGUUUCCACCUGUGUUCCCUGUUCUUUUUUCCUCAUUUGACACUUUUCUCACUCCAGUUG